AUGCUUACCAUGGGUUUGGACUCAAUUGUGUAUUUGUUACACGAAUAUUGGGUCGACACCAAUGAACAUAUUAAAGAUUAUCCACUUAUUGGCGGAGGACCUGGUUUAAUUAUAUUAAUUAUGUUAUCAUGGUUAUUGUUUGUCACUAAAUUAGGUCCAAAUUUUAUGAGAAAUCGCAAACCAUUUGUAUUGCGGAAAAUAAUGAUAGCAUAUAACUUGGUAUUAGUUGUGAUAAAUGCAUACUUCAUAUACACUUCAUUCAAAUGGUUAGAGUUUGGCCGCAAGUCAUGGAACCCAAGACUACCCCCGAGUAACCAAUGGUCACAGAAAGCCAUCCAAGAGUUGCCCGAAAAAUCAAACCAGGUCUCAAUGCUUCACGUCUAUCAUCAUUUUAUUGUUCCUAUAAUGGGUUAUCUUGUGGUUAAACAGUGUCCGCAAACAUUUGUUGUGGAAAUGUUUUGUUUUCUUAACUCCUGUGUCCAUUUGACAAUGUAUUCAUAUUAUCUAUUGUCGGCAUUUGGACCCCAAAUACAGCCCUAUUUAUGGUGGAAGAGAUAUAUCACACGAUUGCAGUUAAUACAAUUUGCCUUAUGGAGAUAUGAAUAA